AUGCGCUUCUCAACUCUGCGGGCGACCUUGAACGGUGUCCAGAAGCGCGCCUACUCAUCGGCAUCGUCAUCGUCAUCGCUCCAAGCUCCCAGGCAUCUGCUCUCCAUCAGCGACCUUGCCCCCGCCGAAUUCACCUCGCUGGUUCGCAAUGCCGCCUCGCGCAAGCAGGCCGUCAAGGCCGGCCAGACGCCCGGCUCUCUGGCUGCCGGACUUGCCAACCAGACUAUCGCCAUGAUGUUUAGCAAGCGUAGCACCAGGACCCGCGUGUCGACCGAGGCUGCCGUGACUCUUCUCGGUGGACACCCGAUGUUCCUCGGCAAGGAUGACAUCCAGCUAGGCCCGUGCGCGACACACAAGCAGGUCAACGAGUCUCUUCUCGACACAUCACGCGUCAUCUCGUCCAUGACGUCUUGCAUGGUCGCCCGUGUCGGCCCUCACUCCGAUGUGGCCGGCCUGGCCGAGCAUUCUACCGUCCCCGUCAUCAACGCCCUAUCCGACGACUUCCACCCUCUCCAGACCAUUGCCGACUUCCUCACCAUCCACGAGGCCUUCCCUCCGUCGUCGCCGUCAUCGCCGUCCUCAUCCGCCUCUGGGGAUCUGGGCCUCCAGGGGCUCAAGGUCGCCUGGAUCGGAGACUCCAACAAUGUCCUCUUCGACCUGGCUACGGGCUGCGUCAAGAUGGGCGUCGACAUCUCCGUCGCCUCCCCCAGGGGGUACGGCAUCCCCGACUCCAUGCGCCACCUCAUCACCUCUUCGGCUCAGGGCGUCUCUAGCCCCGGUAAGCUGUUCGAGACGACAGUCCCCGAAGAGGCCAUCAAGGACGCCGACAUCCUCGUCACCGACACCUGGAUCUCCAUGGGGCAGGAGAGCGAGAAGAAUAAGCGCCUCGACGCCUUCGCCGGAUACCAGAUCACCAAUGACCUAGCCAAGAGGGGCGGCGCCAAGGACGGGUGGAAGUUUAUGCAUUGUCUGCCCCGGCACCAGGAGGAGGUGGCCGACGAGGUCUUCUACAGCCCGCGAUCCCUCGUCUUUCCCGAGGCCGAGAACCGUCUCUGGGCUGCUGUUUCUGCUCUCGAGGGCUUCGUCGUGAACAAGGGAAAGCUGUAG